CUCCCGGCGCCGGCGGCGCUGAUGGACCGCGACCGCAACAAGUCGCUGCUGCAGGAGCUGCUGAAGGUGCCCGGGAACGACCGCUGCGCCGACUGCGGGGCGCCGGGUACAGAGUGGACUUCUUACAAACUUGGAGUAUUCAUUUGUUUGAAUUGCUCUGGGAUCCAUCGCAAUCUUCCUCAAAUCAGCAGGGUCAAAUCCCUUUGGCUUGACUUCUGGGAGAACGAUCUUAUAGAGUUUAUGAAGAAUCAUGGGAAUCUCUGUGCCAAAGCUAAAUAUGAGGCAAAAGUCCCUCCCUACUACUACAUCCCUCGCUCCCAAGACUGUUUGGUUUUAAGAGAACAAUGGAUUAGAGCUAAAUAUGAGCGUGAGGAAUUUGUUGCCACCCGGGUCUACCAAGAUCCUUGUUCUGCAGGUAGCCGUGAAGGAUUCCUCUGGAAGCGUGGACGGGAAUGCAGACAGUUCCAGAAGAGGCGAUUUAUUCUAUCAGCAGGGGAAGGGGUGAUGAAGUACUACACCAAAGAAUCUGGAAGUCCAAAGGCCAUUAUCAGCAUUGAGACUCUGAAUGCGAUGUUCCAGACAGAGAAAAUCAAACAUAUUCAUGGGCUGCAGAUCACGUACAGCACAGAUGGUCAAACAAGGAACCUUUUCGUCUAUCAUGAAAGUGGAAAGGAGAUUGUUGACUGGUUCAAUGCCAUUCGGGCAGCACGUUACCAUUACCUCAGAACGACUUUCCCAGCUGUUCCUGAGCCUGAGCUCAUACCCAGGAUUACAAGAAAUUAUAUCAAAGAAGGAUAUAUGGAGAAAACAGGACCAAAGCAGAAGGAGGCCUUUAAGGUGCGCUGGUUCAGCCUGGACUCUCAAGAGAGGAUCCUGAUUUACUUUAAAAAUCCACUGGAUUCAUCUGAACAGGGCCAUGUUUUUAUCGGAAGGACAGAUGAGGGUUAUGAAGUACGAGCUGGCUUUCCCCAGGGAGUCCAGAUGAAGAAGAGGAAACCAGGGAUCACUAUGGUCACACCAACGAGAGAAUUUGUGUUUAUGUGUGAGAACGACAGGGAGCAGAGGGAGUGGAUAGAUGCUUUGAAUGGGGUCCUUGCCCAGCCUUUGACUGGCUAAGACUAGCACUGAGUUCCAGUGAACUGUACUUUUGGUUCUCUUCAGCACUGCUCUGUGGCCUCUUCCUGUUGGCAAGGACAGUGCUCAAGGCCCUGCAGUGAGCGACUAGCACAGAGGACUUCUUCCUUGAACAGCUGAAGGCACAAGAAGGGAAACAGCAGAGAAAUGAGUAAGAGGGAGAUACAGAUGUUUAGAAAGGAUCUGUGUCCCUGCAGAACCUUGCAUGAAGUGCCUUCUUCCUUCCUUCCCUUGUCUGUUUUUGAGAGGAGGAAGCUUUCCUCUCCUGAUGUAGGGAUGAAUCAGCCAGUGCUGUCUUAUGGCAAAAAGAACAAGGUCAGCAGAGAAAUGCUUACACCAGGAGAGACUGACAUGCAGUUCCUUGAGGAUCCCUGUAGGUGCUGUUAUACCAGAUGUUCCCCCUCUGGCCUCAGUCUGAGGUCAGAAGUGGACUCCUAUACCUCCUGCAGAAUGUAUUUUACAGUCCAGCCUGUGACAUAUAUCCUGCUGGUGAAUGUGAUCAUCUGUUACAUGAGUAUGUAAAGCCAGUGAUCAAGAGGUAAAGAGAUGCAGGGUGUCCUGUCAGAUAGACCUAAGAUGCCAAUUCAUGCUGGACUCACUGGAUGUCUUUCUUUGGGAGGAGCAGAGCCAAGCAGUGCUAUACACACUUGCAGUCACUGAGCAUAUGUAAAGCUUAGUAGCUGUGCUCCACCUGCUUGCAGCUCAUCUUCAGACAGGGACAGGGUUGUUUUCAAUGGGUUUAAUGUCUU